CAGAUCGGCGCAGCCUCGCCGCGGAGGAGGACCCGGGAGGCGAGGCAGGAGCCAGCCGGAGCGGCGCUUCUCCCCGGGCUCGGCUCGGCGCUCGCCCGGGCCGGCUCCUGCCUCGGACGCCCCUUCGCAGGCCGGGCCUUCGGAUCGCCUCCUCGGACGCCCCGGCGGAGAAGCAGGAGCGCUUUGGAUUAUAGCAGCGCCACCCCCCAAAUCGCCCCCAACACUUUUUGGUGUGGCGGGGCUCUCUUGUUUUCUAUCCUCUCUACUUUUUUCUCUGCCCCCCCAUUUUUAAUUGGGGGGGAUUUGAUUUUUUCCUAUUGGGGCUUUGCCAUUUUUAUUGGGGGGGGGCUCUAAGAUUUUUUUUAAAAGGGGCUUUGCAUCAAGACUUCGCCGGCUGCCCUGUUCUCUCCCCACAUCCAUCCGUUUGUAUUCCCCCCCCCGCCCAGAUUCCCCUCCUGCCAUUAUUACUGCCUAACACCCCCCAAUCGCCUCCCCCCCGAUUCUUUCGAACCAAUUUCGCCAGGGUUUGCACGUGGGAUUCGCUCCCCCUCCCUCUCGCCCCAAGCUUCUUGAUAUAUAUUUUUUUUGGUGGGGGUAGACAAAAAGGGGGGACCCUCCCCCCCUUGGGUGGAAAUCUGGGGUGGCUCGAGGAAGGAGCAGGUGGGACCCCCUCCUUGGCCCAUCUCCCUCUGGACCCCCCACCUUUGUCUCCGGGGUGGCCCCGCCCCUUACCUCGCCCCCCCUUCCCCACGUCUCGGCUUGGGCUCGUCUUUCCGUUCGCACGUGCUUGGAUUUCGCUUCUGCCCGCUCCACGCCUCGACCCGGAUUCCGCCAUGGCCGCCUCGGCGGGGAGGGCUCGCUCCGGACCCGCCGCCCUUUUCUGCUGCAUCGGGGCUCUGAUCAGCCAUGCUCACGCCAAGGUCCUCCCCACCAGCUCGGAGCCCCCAGAGACCUCCCAGCCUCCCUCGGCUCCUGCCACUCUCCCAGUGAGCUACCGCCUGUCCAACACCCGACUGGCCUUCUUCCUGCGGGAGACACGGCCUCCAGGUUGGAACGCCAGCCUGACGCGCUCGGAGCCCUUUGUCGUCUUCCAGACCAAGGAGUUGCCCGUCCUGAACGUCUCCCUGGGGCCUUUUGGCGCCAGCCUAGCUUUGCCCAAAGAACUCCUCCAGCCUUCCAGCACCCUGGAGAUCCCCGAGCGGCUGACGGUCAACUGGAAGGUGCGCGCCUUCAUCGUCCGAACGCGGGUGCCGGCCACCCAGCCCACGGCGCAGGUUCUUUUCUACGUCGCCGGCAGGGACUGGGACGACUUCGGCGCCACCGAGCGGCUACCCUGCGUGAGGCUGCACGCUUUUCGUGAGGCCCGCGAGCUGCGCACCUCCUGCCGCCUGCGGGGGGUCCUGGCCUCCUGCCUGGCCCAGGCUGAGCUGCCUCAGGCCUGGUUCGGACCCUCGGCCGUGCCCCUGGGGCGGAGGAAAGCGCCAGAGGGGAUGGACCUUUCCGGGGACACCCAGCAGGUGGAGCUGUACUACACCCUCCACGCGCCCGACGGGGCAGGAGACUGCGGAGGAGAGGGGGCUGGGCGAAGGGGGGGCGGAGGGGCGCGGGCAGAGGGUCCCACGCAGCACCCACUGCUCCGCAUUGGCAGCCUGAGGCUGGUGCAGCCGCCCCCCGCCCCAGUCUUCCAGGAGCAGCGGCUAGACGACAACGUCUUCAUUCAGCUGCCAGAGAAACCUCUCAAGCCUGGGGAGGUGCUGAGCAUCGUACUUUACCUGAUGAACAACUCAACGGUCGAGCACUUCACCCUCAGAGUGAAGGCCAAGAAAGGGGUGAAUCUCCUCACGACCAGAUCCAGGCACCCCAAGUGGCUUGUGAAUUCGGAGUUCCAGACUGGCAGCAAACACUCCACCUCAACCGUCGACGUGGCCUGGAUCGGCGGUGCUCAACCCAGGGCUGAGGAUUCCCCUUAUGAGGUCAUGCAGCUGGACUUCGAAAUGGAGAACUUCACCAGCCAAUCGGUGACCCGCCGCAUCAUGUGGCAUAUAGACUACCGAGGCCGAAACCCUCCGCCCGACUUAGAGAAGGCUGUGACGGAGCUGGCGGUCAUCCAGAGGGACAUUCGUGCCAUCCUGCCACUGGCCAUGGACACGGAGAUCAUCAAUACGGCCAUCCUAACAGGUCGGACGGUGGCCAUCCCAGUCAAGGUCAUUGCCAUUGAGAUGACGGGCGUCAUUGUGGACAUCUCGACAGACGCAGAAUGCAAGUCCACCAAUGAGGACAUCAUCAAGGUUUCCAGCAGCUGUGACUAUGUCUUUGUGAGUGGCAAAGAAUCAAGGGGCUCCAUGAAUGCUGGGGUGUCCUUCAGCUACGAGCAUCUCACCGCCCUCCUGGAGAUGACCGUCUGGGUCCCCAAACUCCCGCUGCACAUCGAGCUCUCUGACUCCCGGCUCAGCCAGGUGAAAGGGUGGCGAGUUCCAAUCUUACCCGAUAGGAGGUCUGUCCGGGAGAGCGAGGAUGAUGAAGAAGAGGAAGAGCGGCGGCAGAGCCGGGGCUGCACCCUCCAGUACCAGCAUGCCACCCUGCAGGUCUUCACCCAGUUCCACACCACCUCCUCGGAGGGCACGGACCAGGUGGUCACCAUGCUGGGCCCGGAGUGGAUGGUUGAGGUCACAGACCUGGUCAGCGACUUUAUGAAGGUCGACGACCCUCGGGUUGCUCACAUGGUGGACACCAACACCCUCGCCGGCCGGGAGCCUGGCACCACCCUCUUCAAGGUGGUCUCUCCGCUCAUGGAGGCGGUCCUUGGGGAGACCUUGGUGACGGUGGCGGACGAGAAGGUCAGCAUCACCGAACUGAAGGCCCAGGUCAUCUCAAACCUCUCCCUCUCCCUCCACCCCAGCCCUGGGAACAGCCACACCAUCGUGGCCAAGACGACAGCCCAGCAGACUCUGAACUUCUCCAAGCAGGAGGCCUUGCUGAGCCUCUGGGUGUCGUACAGCGAUGGCACGACCGCCCCACUCUCCUUGUACGACCCCAAGGACUACACGCUGGUGGUGACCAGCCAGGACCGGGCGGUGGUGUCGGUGAUGCCUGAGAGAGCCUUUCCGCUGGUGAUGGCCGAAGGCGAGGGGGCCGGCGAACUGGUCAGGGCCGAGCUCAUGAUCUGCGAGAGCUGUCAGAAGACCAAGAGGAAGAGCGUGCUGGCCACCGCCCUGGCUAGCGUCCGAGUGCAUUUCAACUCCGAGGAGGAGCCCACCUACGACUACGAGCCUGUCCAAACGCCCAGCAGGCCCGGGCGGGAGAAGGGGAGCCCAGGCACCACGCCCCGGGUGGAAGGCGACUGGCACUUGCCGCCCAGCCCGGAGAGCCGGCCGCCCAGCGCCGCCCUCCCGACCGAGGACUUCCCCACCAUCCCCACAGGUUAUGUGCAGGUGACGCGGGGCCUGACGGACCUCGAGAUCGGCAUGUACGCCCUGCUGGGCGUCUUCUGCCUCGCCAUCCUCGUCUUCCUCAUCAACUGCAUCGUCUUCGUCCUCAAGUACCGCCACAAGCGGAUCCCGCCGGAAGGGCAGACCAACAUGGACCACUCUCACCACUGGGUUUUCCUGGGCAAUGGGCAGCCCUUGCGGGCCCAGAACGACCUCUCGCCGCAGCCGGAGAGCUUGGGCAACCCUCUGGAGAACGUCCAGACCUGCUGCCACGCCGACCACCACAGCAGCGGCUCCUCGCAGACCAGCGUGCAGAGCCAAGUGCACGGGCGGGGGGACGGCUCCUCGGGGGGCUCCACCAGGGACCAGAGCGAGGACCCGCUCAACUCGCCCACCUCCAAGCGGAAGCGGGUCAAGUUCACCACCUUCGCCACCAUGCCCUCCGAGGAGCUGGCGUACAACUCCAUCCCCAUCGCUGACGAGGAGGACUUGGAGUGGGUCUGCCAGGACAUGGGUCUGCAGGGACCCGAGGAACUGCACAACUACAUCCACAGGAUCAAGGAGAUUGCAUAGCAGGCUUGGGCCCCACGCUUACCGGAGGCGGAGGGGGCUCCCUUUGGAGAAUCGGAAUGGAUCGGCCGCAUCGCCCUCCGGCGUUCGCCGGGCUCCCCUGCGGCCCUCCUCUAAGUGGACCAGCCCGCCGCUGGCCCUGCUAUGUUCAGAGAGAGAUGGAGGGCAACCCCUUAGGAGGGCGAUGGAUCCUUUUGCUCAGAGGGGGAGCCGGAUGUGCGGAAAGCCGCUUCUGCCGCAACUGUGGAAGUGCCAGGCGACGCGCUGGGAUUGGGUGGGGGAGACUGGGCCAGCUGCGGCCAGCUGGUGCUUCUGCCCAGAGCCAAGUAUUUAAAGGGGGGUGGGGUGGGUGGUGCCGCCAAGCAGGCCGAGAGGAGUGGAGAGCUCAGGAGCCACCAUAUGGAAUUGCCCCACAGAGGGGAUAACUCCUUGCACCUGAUUUCGGUUUGGCCGGGGGAGAGGAGAAGCUUGCUCCUGGCCUCCCCAAAACGACCACUGCUGCCUUUGCUGCCGCCCGUCUCUGAAAGGCAAUCCUCCCCUCGGCUUUUCUUCUUCAUUUUUUUUUUUUUUGCACAAUAAAUGUUGACUGUUUUUUUUAUAUAUAUAUAAAA